AUGACGCACUUGCGUGUGAAGCACCCUUCAGACCACAUCUGCAAUCAGUGCGGCUACUCCUACCUGAACGAGCUGGGCCUCCGCUCGCACUUGCGCAGGAUUCACCGCUUGGACAAAGUCGAGGUGAGACCUCGCCGCUACAGUACUACCACUAUGCCGAUGUACCUGCGCAGACAGCAAGUACACGUCAUACAUGACGCACUUGCGUGUGAAGCACCCUUCAGACCACAUCUGCAAUCAGUGCGGCUACUCCUACCUGAACGAGCUGGGCCUCCGCUCGCACUUGCGCAGGAUUCACCGCUUGGACAAAGUCGAGACAGCAAGUACACGUCAUACAUGACGCACUUGCGUGUGAAGCACCCUUCAGACCACAUCUGCAAUCAGUGCGGCUACUCCUACCUGAACGAGCUGGGCCUCCGCUCGCACUUGCGCAGGAUUCACCGCUUGGACAAAGUCGAGGUGAGACCUCGCCGCUACAGUACUACCACUAUGCCGAUGUACCUGCGCAGACAGCAAGUACACGUCAUACAUGACGCACUUGCGUGUGAAGCACCCUUCAGACCACAUCUGCAAUCAGUGCGGCUACUCCUACCUGAACGAGCUGGGCCUCCGCUCGCACUUGCGCAGGAUUCACCGCUUGGACAAAGUCGAGACAGCAAGUACACGUCAUACACGACGCACUUGCGUGUGAAGCACCCUUCAGACCACAUCUGCAAUCAGUGCGGCUACUCCUACCUGAACGAGCUGGGCCUCCGCUCGCACUUGCGCAGGAUUCACCGCUUGGACAAAGUCGAGAAUCCAGACGGGCCGCUGUGCGAGGAGUGCAACGUGCGCUUCGCGAGCAGUGCGGCCUACGAACAGCAUCUGAAGGUUUCGCCCAAACACUUCACUCCCGAAACGCGGCGAGUCAACCAGGCGGUGCCGCCGCGCUGCUACAGCAAGGGCAGUGGUCGCCACAAGCGGAGGCGGGGAGACCCCGCUGACGUCAUCACUUGCGAACAGUGUGGCAUCGAACUCAAAGACUUCUUGCGGUAUACAUUCCACUUCAAGCGCGAGCACCCCGACAAGAACCGGACCCAGUUCUCUCCCAACAAUCAGAAAGUGUUGUGUGAGCUGUGUGGAAAACAUUUUCAGGCCCGUCGCUUCCACCUUAAACCAUUUCCAGAACCAAAAGGACUUCUACUUUCACUACCAGCUCCGGACAGUCGGCCUAAUGUAACUUAUGUUAGAUGA